AUGAAUGACACGAAUGAUGACACACCAGACACCACUUCAGAGGACACGUCGGGCGUACCUAUGGAUCAGAUAACACUCCGAAAACGUAUACGCGAGCAGUUCCAGAGGGGUGUCCCCGCUGUUCAGGCCUUUAAGGUUUUGAAAACUCUUUACGGAUCGAUCAUAAGUCAGAGGACUUUGCAAAAGUGGUACAAAAGGUUCAAAUCAGGGAAUCUUAGUGUCGAAGACGACUCCCGUUCGGGUCGACCCAAACAGACAGACCUAAGGGUUGCCAACAAAGUGGGAAAUCUGGUGUUUCGGUGCGAAUGGCCUGACUGUGGAUCCGAGUACUCACACAAAGGCCGUCUAAAGCGCCAUAUGAUGGUCCACAUGAAUGUGAAACCUUACCGGUGCGAGUGGCCCGGCUGUGACUACGCCAGUAUCGAGAAUUAUGAACUCGAGUACCACAAAGCGAUUCACACGGGUAUUAAGAAGUAUGUCUGUCAUUGGCCUGAAUGCGACCGCAAGUUCGCCCGACCCGAGCACCUGAGACUUCAUACACUUUGGCACAACAACGAUAAGAAGUACCGGUGCCCGUGG